AUGGAGGUAGGAAAUGUAAAAUUUCUGGAUUCUCUCAAUUAUUUUCCUAUACCUCUAACUGCUCUACCCAAGGCGUUUGAUUUAAAAGAGCUAAAGAAAGGAUACUUUCCACAUUUAUUCAACACUUUGGCUCAUCAGAAUUAUGUAGGGCCAAUUCCAGCGCUCGACUUCUACGAUCCCGACCAUUUAAAGGAAGACGCUCGGGAAAAAUUAUUAAAAUGGCAUGGCGAAAGACAAGCGGAGGGAUACGUUUUUGAUUUUCAGAAAGAAAUCGUUGAAUACUGUAUCUCCGAUGUGGAAAUAUUGACACAGGCGUGUCUCAAAUUUCGAGACCUGAUGAAAACCGAAACCACAGUCGAUCCCUUCCAGGAAAGCACCACUAUUGCAUCAUGCUGUAACAAAGUCUUUAGACGCAAUUUUUUAAAACCUGAGACGAUCGGGGUAAUUCCAAAAGGGGGCUAUAGAUGGCGUGAAAAUCAGUCAAAAAUUGCCAUCCAAUGGCUGUUGUGGGAGGAACAUCAAAGAGGAAUCAAAAUUCAACACGCCGCUAAGGGUAUAGAAACCAUUGUUAAGGGACAUAAAGUAGACGCCUCUCUGUCGCAGAUGUCAGGACUUAUUAAAUGCCAGAUUCUACCGAACCAGAACUUAUAUCACCCCGUUUUACCGUCAAAAAUGAACAACAAAUUGAUGUUUGUUAACUGUCAAAAAUGUGGUGAAGAUUUCGUUCGAGAAGAGUGUCAGCAUUCUAUUCAAGAAAGAAGCCUAAAAGGAACUUGGGUGAUAGAAGAGGUGCUCAAAGCUAUUGAAAAAGGUUACCAGAUUAUAGAGACUUACGAAAUAUGGGAAUACGAUACAAUUCAGCUCAGUAAAGACCAAGAGGGGUUAUUUAGCGGAAUGAUGAACAAGUUUCUACAAAUAAAACAACAAGCUUCAGGAUGGCCCAAACAUUGCUUAACGGAUGAAGAAAAAAACCGUUAUAUUGAUGCAUUUUUGAAUAGAGAAGACAUAAAGCUGGAAUUUUCAAAAAUUAUAGAGAACCCCUGUUUGAGAUCGUUAGCUAAACUUAUGCUGAAUUCCUUUUGGGGUAAAUUUGCUCAAAAAGAAAACCAAAACAAAACCUCAAUAGUCAGAGACUGUGGUGAAUUCUUUGAUAUGCUGACUAAUCCUUCUAUUCAUGUAAAUACAGUUCUCCCGGUAAACGAAGAAACCCUUCUCAUAACUUGGGAAUUUAGAGAAGAGGCCUAUGACGUUUCUUCAACGGUUAACGUUGUAUUGGCUUCAUAUGUCACGGCCCUAGCUAGACUAAAAUUAUAUUCAUUCUUGGAGAAAGUGGAAGAAAGGGCAGUUUACGUAGAUACAGAUUCAUGUAUUUAUAUCUCUCGUAAGGGAUUAGACGACAUAUCUACAGGCGACUUCAUAGGUGAUAUGACCGAUGAGCUCAAUGGGGGUUUCAUAUCAGAGUUUGUUUCUGGAGGACCUAAGAACUACGCCUACAAAUAUACUACUUUGUCUGGAGAGGAACAGAUCGUAUGUAAAAAUGAUGCUUUACCGAAAGUGGUGCAAAAAAAUGAAUACAUACAUACAUAG